AUGAAGAAUUUCCAGCAUACAAAUUAUGGUCGAUCACUUCUUGCCUAUUGUGAUUCGUGUUAUGCUGUACUUGAUGCUGAAAAACAAAUUUAUUAUCAAUGUUUAACUUGUAAUAAUUAUACCGUUUGUUCAAAUUGUAUAUCUUAUGUUCGAAUAAAACAUUUACCAUAUCAUCAAUUUAUCCCUCGAAUAGGAAUUCCGAAAGAAAUGAUGUGGAUUAAUAUGAAUAUUGGUAUAACAUGUGAUGUUUGUUUUCAAGUUAAUUUUCCUGGUCAUCGUUAUCGAUGUGUCGAUUGUCCAGAUUUUGAUGUUUGUCAACGUUGUUGCCCAAUUGCUCUUCGUACACAUCGUUUAAAAUUAGAAUGUAAUCCUCAAAAAGCGCAAAUCAAUCGAUAUUUAUUAGCUCAGAGAGCCAUUUGUGUUCUCACUGAUCCCACUUCACCACUUUAUAAACAACCACGAGAUCAUCUUACUGGAUGGUCAUUAGAUGAAGCAAGAUUUAUUCUAACACAACAACAAACUUCGAAUUCCUCUCAAACUACUUCAGUGCCAACACAAGAUUUAUUUCAACCACCAACGACAACACAACAACAUACAAAUACAAUUCAAGAAGAUAAACAAAAUAAAUAUGAAGAGGAUCUUGAAGAAGUUGAAGAAAUUGAUAAUGAUGAAUCAGUUCAUAGUGAUGUUGAUGAAGAUCAAAUUGAAAUCGAAGAAAAUCGAUGGCAAGAUGUGAUGAGACAAUUGGAAUUUAUUCGACGAAGAAAUAAAAAGUCAGAAGAUACUACAACUGAUGAUUGUCAAGAUGGAUCAAAACAUCGAAAUUAA